AAGAGGAUAAUACAAAAUAACGGAAGAAGCCACACCAAGCGGUUGUGUUAAUAUUUAUUCGCUAUAAAUAAAUUAAACAAUCAAAGUAGUUACUGGGAUCUCUGAUUCAUAAGUGAGAUUAUUAUAUGUGACAAUAAUAGUGAAAUGAAUCUAAAUCAUUAAAGUUUUUGCAAUUUAACGUAAGUUUGGUGAUCAAUAAUAUUAAUAUCGUGAACGGAGACGCUAUAACAAUGGCUGCUAACCACAGAAAUGGUCAGGUUAAUGGAGAAAUCGCACAAAAUGUAGACUGCCAGGAACCUGGCCCCAGUGGCGUGCACAGGGUCGGGAGACAGGCUGCAGCAGAAGGCGUCGCUCCACCCACUAGAAAACCACGUAAAACGCAAAAGUCGGUAGCAAACAAGAUAAAAGAACUAAAGAAACAAUUAGUACAACAGGAAAAACUAAAGAUAGAAAUAGAAGCUAAAAUAAAAGAACUCAAGCAGGAAUUGAAAGAGGCUGAGAAAGAAUUGGAAGGAAUGAAGAAAACUGCAAAAAAGAACAGAGAGCGUAGGAAGAAAGUUACAAAACGGAAGCAGAGUACACCACGGCAGACAAAUAGAGUGUCACCACGGAGAAACGAAACUAAUCCUAGCAGGACUGGGCAAGUCAAGUUUAUUAUCCGAGGUGAAGUACUUGAAGCAAAUUAGGAAAACUUAUUGUCGUCACACCUUUAGUUUAUUUUUUUACUUUUUUAUUAUGAGUUUUGACGUAUUAUUAUCUAGAUAUAUCAUAUAAAUCAUGUUUGCUUUUUUCUGAGGGCUUUAAAUCAAGGAUGUAUUAUUAAAAUAUCAGAAGUAGUUAUAUAGUAUUCUAUAUGAGUAAUGGAGCAAAGCUCAGUACUACUUUCAUGUCUUACCGUCAUAGAUAGCAGCGGGCAACUCUAAUUUGCACCCAUACGCCCCCUACCAUUUUUGUAAAAUAGUCUGUUUUUUUUCCAACUCUGGACAAUAGACAAGUUCUCUCAGUACCCUUUGUAGCAACGGACACAUCCAGAUAUUGUAUGAUAGUUCAAUUCCUCAGCUUAAUAACAUUUCGUUUCAAAUAAAAUGACUUUCCAAAUAAUGUUUUUUUUUAUUAACGCCUUUGUA